UCAUGCUGCUGCCAGGUCCAGAGUCUCUCAUGGGUCCCUGUACGGCCUCCCAUUGCUGCUGUCUCCAUCGCCACACUCUGCCAUGUGCCACUUUCAGGUCUCCUCACACACUGCUGGGUUCCAUUUUGUCAUAGGGUGCUGGCAGAUUACGGGCCUCCCAUUGCUGCUGCCAGGCCUUAAUCUGCCAUGGGCCCCUGUACCGCCUCCUCAUGCUGCUGCUGCCAGGUCCACAGUGUCUCAUGGGUCCCUGAACCGCCUCCCAUUGCUGCUGUCUCCAUCGCCACACUCUGCCAUGUGCCACUUUCAGGUCUCCUCACACUGCUGGUGUGUUACAUUUUUUGUC